CGUUUUCGUGAUUUUUUACAAUUUGAACAAAAUUUUAGAGGUUUUCAUUGUUUUCCUCUUUUCAAAAUGGACAAGGGAAAGAAGAAUAAGAAAGCUGAGAGCAUCAGGAAGCCUAAAAUGAAGUCAAAAUGGGCGAAACGCGAAGCUAGGCUGAGAAAAGUUAAGGAUGAAGAGAUUGAAAUGAGUGCUCUUGAUCAGGAUAUUUUAGCUCUUGAUGCUUCAACCAUCACCAAGUUCUCAGAUAUUCCACUCUCAAGUCGGACGCAAAGAGCACUAGAAAGUUGUGCAUACAUAAAUCCUACAGAAAUUCAGAAGAAAAGUAUACCAAUUGCAUUGAAGGGUUUGGAUGUCCUUGGAGCUGCCAAGACUGGUUCUGGAAAGACAUUAGCUUUUCUUAUUCCUUUGCUAGAGUGCUUAUGGAAAUUGAAGUGGUCAGCCAUUGAUGGUCUUGGAGCAUUGGUUAUAUCUCCAACAAGAGAACUGGCGUAUCAGACAUUUGAAGUGUUGUGUAAAAUUGGCAAACAUCACGACAUAUCAGCUGGUUUGAUAAUUGGCGGUAAAGAAGUCAGUUUUGAACAACAGAGAAUUCACAAAACAAAUAUCAUAGUGUGUACGCCUGGACGUCUCUUGCAACAUAUGGAUGAAACACCCAAUUUCGAUUGUGGCAAUUUAAAAAUGUUGGUGCUUGAUGAAGCAGACAGAAUAUUAGACAUGGGCUUUAGUGAAACAGUAAAUGCUAUCAUUGAAAAUCUUCCUGAGGAAAGGCAAACACUUCUUUACUCCGCUACACAAACCAGCUCUGUGAGUGAUUUGGCUAGACUAAGCCUUCACGACCCAGAGUAUGUAUCUGUGUACAAAGAUUCCGAAGCUACCACGCCUCAGGAAUUAAAACAAAGUUACGUUGUUUGUGAACUUGAAGACAAGAUCAAUUUCUUAUAUUCCUUUAUCAAAAAUCACCUGAAAAGCAAGAUCUUGGUGUUUCUAUCCAGCUGCAAGCAGGUUAAAUUCACAUACGAGGUAUAUCGUCGUCUCAGGCCAGGCGUCCAACUAAUGGCACUCUAUGGAAAACAGAAUCAGAUAAAACGUGUCGCGAUUUACAAUGAUUUCUGUCGGAAAACGUCGGCAGUUUUGUUGGCUACGGAUAUAGCUGCUCGCGGCUUGGAUUUUCCAGCGGUUCAUUGGGUGAUUCAACUUGAUUGUCCCGAGGAUGCAAAUACCUACAUUCACCGGGCUGGAAGAACAGCAAGGUACCAAAGAGAUGGUCAUUCUUUAUUAAUAUUGCUACCUUCUGAAGAAAAGGAAAUGCUGAAAGAACUAGAAAAGAAAAAAGUCCCUAUAACUGAGAUCAAAGCAAAUCCUAAGAAAUUAUCCAAUAUUCAAAAGAAACUUGAAGGAUUGUGCGUGCAAGAUCAAGAUAUCAAGCAAUGGGCUCAGAAGAGUGUGGUGUCAUACGUGAGAUCUGUUUACCUGCAGUCAAACAAGAAAAUAUUCAAUGUCGAUGCAAUGCCGGUCGAAAAAUAUGCCGCCUCUCUCGGGCUGUUAACAGCCCCAAGAAUACGGUUCUUACAGAAAGCCAGAAAGAAACAUGGCAAAAUUUCUAAACAAAUGGAGCCCAAGAAGACGACGAAAGAAUUAUCCGAUCUUUUAUCAGAUGAUCACCAGGAGAACGAUUUCAAUCAUGAAGAUUUCUUAGUUCUACGGAAGAAAAACGUCGAGAUAUCUUCUGAUGAGGAAGAGGAUAAAUCUAUUCAAGAGGAAAAUAUCGAAAACACAGCUGAGAACCUCAGUAAAAAGAACAGAAACAAAACAAGAAUAACUUCGGCAAAGAAAGUUUUGAGAAAGAACAUCAAAAUGAACAGCAAAGUGAUAUUUGAUGACGACGGCGAGCCAAUGCCAGAGGACACGCAGAAUGAUCGUGAAGCAGACGUAUCGAGAACGGAAGAUUCCGGAGGAAGCCCGCAGGAAGCAGGUGGAAUUGAUUUGAAGAACUCUUCGAAAAACCUCGUCAAACAAGAUAAACUGGAUAAACAGGAAUUCCGAGACAGGAUUAAACAGAAACAUCGCGAGAAACGAAUGAAGAACAAAGUAAAGAGGAAACGUUUCGAGAACGACGACGAGGUGGUUGUUACAUUAAAGAGCACUGAAGAGGAUGACCGCAGUACAGAAAUGGAUGGUGACAGUGACAACAGCUACAGCGCUCCACCAAAGCGAUCAAAACAGGAAACAGAAGAAACAGUGGACGAUAACGAAGGAACAUUACGAGACGAUGAGGAACUAGCUCUUAAAUUAUUAACUGACUAAUGUAGAAUAAUAUGCAGAGAAUAUGCAGAUAAUAAACCAUGUUAAGACCUAAACUAUCGACAAAAAUUACGAAAUUAUAACGUAGCGUACAAGUUCAUGUCAUUUCAAACCUUUUUAUACGCCAGGAUUUUUAAGCGAACACUCGCGUUGUGAAAAUUAAUUCGCUAUCGAAAAUGGUGAUCAUUUAAGCGACAUUUGAACCGUUCUGCUGUAAGGAAUAUACGCUGUUUGUAUACGAUCUAUGAAACAAUACAUUAUAUACGAGGAAAAGAGC